AUGUUUCAAUCAUGGAUCCUUGAUAUCAUCAUAAUGGAUGGAAGUGCUAACGAUUUGGGUCCUAGAGUAAAUGGUGGUUUGUGGUUAAUAGUUAACGCAGACGGAAUUCCUCGGCCAUUUAGUACAACCGAAGUACCAUCUUCAAAUCAUCCGGUAUGGAAUUUCCCAGCACGUAUGAUUUUGCAAUUUAAUGACGUAUCGCGAUCAUAUUUAUACAUAACUUUGUGUACUCAUGGUUUUAAUGGUACAUCUGUCGAAGUUUUGGGUAGAUCACGAAUUGGCUUAAGAGCCCUUCCUGUGGGAAGCCCAAAGAUCUUCGAAUUUCCAAUUAUGCAUCCUUCAAACUCAGCUCAAAUAGUAUUGAAUUGCCGCGUUAAAGCUACACUGUCUUCGAUUACAGCUUCUUACGCAAGGCCUCCUAAUGCCCAUUAA